AUAAAAAUACAUGUGUAGAGUAGACUUUCCAGUGAAUGACAGAGUUGCCCCUCUUAAUUGGCAAACAAAAGACUCGCCAAUAAACAGUUAUUUAAUUAAUUUUCACUGUGCCCUGAUUUAACAAUCAAAAUGAGCUUGGUGCGAAUGCAAACACUCCGGAGUCUUUCCCGUAUUUCCCGUAAUCUCCCCCGGACUGAUAGGAUCCGUUCAUCCGCUGUGACUGCCAACUUGCCGGCCGCCAUUACGGUCAGAACGCUGAAAACAUUUGCAGGCCCUGCCGAUAAUUCCAUUCUAGCCAAAGAGCCGCUCUCUGCAUUUACCCAACGUCUGCGCCAGUAUUCUUGUGGGAAAAUUGGAAAAGCCAUGGAGGAACACUGUGUGGUACCCGACGUCAUUGCCAAGGCCCCGACGGCGACGGCAACUGUGGAAUAUCCCUGCGAUAUUGUAGUUAAGCCCGGCCAGGUUCUGACUCCCACCCAGGUCAAGGAUCAGCCCUCCGUCAAGUGGGAGGCAAACGCCGACAAGCUAUACACUCUGUGCAUGACCGAUCCGGAUGCACCGAGCCGCAAGGAGCCCACGUUCCGCGAAUGGCACCACUGGCUGGUGGGCAACAUUCCCGGCGGCGAUAUCGCCAAGGGCGAAGUUCUCUCCGCUUACAUUGGAUCUGGACCGCCGCCGGACACUGGCCUGCAUCGCUACGUGUUCCUUGUUUACGAGCAAUCGUGCAAGCUGACCUUUGACGAGAAGAGGCUGCCCAACAAUAGUGGCGAUGGACGUGGUGGGUUCAAAAUCGCCGACUUUGCCAAGAAGUACAACCUGGGCGAUCCGAUUGCCGGCAAUCUCUACCAGGCGGAGUACGACGACUAUGUGCCCAUUCUCUAUAAGCAGCUGGGCGCAUAAGUUUCUUGUUUUUUGGUCAAUGUAUACUCAUUAUGUAACUGCAGUUGGAAUUGGAUUCACAAAUUGCAAAACCCAUUAAAAAGGCCUGAGAAAAAAGACACUGUAUCCAAGAUUCUGUGUACCAUAAAUGUUGGCAAUAAUAAAAUUGUUAAAGACAUCGACUGCAAA